AGUAGCUUAUAUUAUCGACCGUUCAAUGUUCAUAAUAUACGGAUAAUGGGUGUACUAUAGCAACUUACUUUACUGUAUAUAGACGUUAUAGUAGUAGGUAUAAAUGUAUAAUAUUCUUAUAAAUUAUUAGCCACAAGUCACAACAACAAAAUAUUUUUUUUAUUUUAUUGCUGCGACGCAAUAACUUUGUGAGAACGUUUGGGUUACUACUUACAGUAAUUUAGUUUGCUAUUCACGUUGUUCAUCAAUGUUUUAAAAUCACUACCUAUAUUAAUCAAAGUUUAAGGAAUCAAAAUGAAAUUACUAUUUCUAGGAUUUUGUCUCUUCAUUGCUUUAUUUGGAGAAAAUGUUUCCUCCCAAAAGCACAAGCCAUCCCCUUUGGGAGGCUAUAACGACGUUGAAGCUGACAGUGAGAAAAUCAGAGAACUGGCUCUCUUUUCAUUAGAUUCUAUAACACAACAAACAAUGUCUAAGAGAUCCUUGGGGUUAAUCAGAGUCGUCUCCGCAAAAUCUCAAGUUGUUGCAGGAAUAAAUUAUAAAAUAAAAUUAUUGGUAUGUGAAAAAGAUUCAACACUAGGCGAGAACAUUGUUAUGGAUCCCAAAAAUUGUCGUUCUUGUGAUAUAACCAUCUGGGAACAAUCAUGGUUGAACAAAAAAAAUGUUACUAAAGUGGCUUGUUCUAAACCUUCUGAAAUUUCUUCAUUUACAAGUGUAGCUGUAACAAAAAGAGACAUACAUGAAAAUGUAAAUCUUGGAGCAAAAAUAAGUUUGAAUUCUAAUGACAAAAAAGUUCAAGACAUAGUGGCUUAUGCUUUACUGUCUAUUGAUAGACAAGAAGGAUCUAACAAACCACAUGUGUUAUCAAAAAUCAUAAAUGUAUCCAAACAAAUUGUGUCUGGAAUUAUCUACAAUAUUGAGUUGGAAAUAUGUGAUAAUUCUACAAGUGAAGUCGAUGAAAAGAAGUGUAGAAUUUGUAAUAUUAAAGUAUGGGAACAGGCAUGGGAGAACAACAAAAAUACUUCUGAAUUCAAUUGUUAUAAACCUCAUAAAACUAACACAGAUAUAUCAAAUUCUGGAAAAUUAACUACAAAGAAAAAUAAUAUUGAUGAUCGAUUACAAUUAAAGACAGAUUUUGAAAAUUUUAUCAUGACACAUAAUAAAAUAUAUACUAGUCUUGAAGAAAAGAGUAGAAGAUUCCGAAUAUUUGCUGCUAAUAUGAAGAAAGUAAAAUUAUUACAAAACCAUGAACAAGGAAGUGCUAUUUAUGGAGCUACACAAUUUGCAGAUCUUACAAAAAAUGAAUUUAAAAAAAAAUAUUUGGGUCUGGACUCAUCGAUGACAAGCAAAAAAACAUUACCCAUGGCAGUUAUUCCACAAAGUGCUUCUCUUCCUAAUGAAUUUGAUUGGAGAAACCAUAAUGUAGUGACACCAGUAAAAAAUCAGGGAGCCUGUGGAUCUUGUUGGGCAUUCUCAGCCAUAGCCAAUAUUGAGGGACAGUAUGCUUUAAAAUCUAAAGAACUUCUAUCUCUCUCAGAACAAGAGCUCAUUGAUUGUGAUAAUUUGGAUAAUGGGUGUGGUGGUGGUUUAAUGACUCAAGCAUUUGAAGCCGUUGAAAAUUUGGGAGGUUUAGAGACAGAGUCUGAUUAUCCUUAUGAAGGACACGCAGAUCGUAAAGGAUGUCAGUUAAAAAAAAGUGAUGUGAAGGUAUCAAUAUCAAAAGCUGUGAAUGUAUCUACAGAUGAGGAAGAUAUUGCCAAAUUUUUAGUUAAACAUGGUCCCCUUUCUGUUGGGGUUAAUGCUAAUGCUAUGCAGUUUUAUAUGGGUGGUGUAUCACAUCCAAUCCAUGCUUUAUGUAGCCCUAAAUCACUGGAUCACGGUGUGGCCAUUGUUGGCUAUGGAGUCCACAAAUAUCCUUAUUUAAAUGCGACUUUACCAUUUUGGACCAUUAAAAACAGUUGGGGCGACAAAUGGGGCAUGCAGGGUUACUACUUGCUCUACAGAGGUGAUGGAUCUUGUGGAGUCAAUCAAAUGGUUUCUUCAGCAAUCAUUGAAUAAUCUCAUGUUAAAUUUUAAUUAAACAAUUAAAAUAUUUUACAAGCCAUUAAAUAUUCUCAAAAUGACAUACUUAAUAUUAAACAUUGUAUUAAUGUUUUCAUUAUCUGAUCUAUAGAAUUUUUUUAUAUUAAUUUGAACGUAUAAGUAGAUCUUUAGUGUAUCUAACACUGUCUUGUAUUAAUCAUAAAAUUUAGAUAUAUCUUAAUCUACUUAAUUUUUUUAUAUUUAAUAUUAGGCACUAAGUAUAUUAUUAUUAUCUUUUAUUAUUAUUAUAUUAUACACUAACUAAUAUAGCAUCAGAGUAAUUAUAACAUUUAUUUGUUUUAUAUAUUAUAAUUUAUUCCCCUCAGA